AGUAGCUCUCUCCACUGAAGGGAAAAAAUUGGUUAGGAGAGACAACUGUGGCUGAAACAAUGAACAUCAUCGCAGAAUUCUUCCUGCUUCUGGCCAUUGUCAUCUACUCCUACCUGGAGGCCUUGGUGAGGCUAUUUAUUCCAGUAAAAAGAAAGUCUGUCAGUGGAGAGAUUGUCUUGAUUACUGGCGCUGGACAUGGAAUUGGGAGACUUACUGCCUAUGAAUUUGCCAAACACAAAAGCAAACUGGUUCUAUGGGAUAUUAAUAAGCAUGGUAUUGAAGAAACAGCUGCUGAAUGCAGAAAACUAGGAGCCCCAACUCAUGCUUUUGUGGUUGACUGCAGUAAAAAAGAGGAAAUUUAUAGCAUGAUAGACAAGAUAAAGAAGGAAAUUGGUGAUGUGACCAUCGUGGUAAAUAAUGCCGGGACAAUUUAUCCAGCAGAUCUUCUGAGUACCAAAGAUGAGGAAAUUACCAAAACAUUUGAAGUCAACAUCCUAGGUCACUUCUGGAUUAUUAAAGCACUCCUGCCUCCCAUGAUGAAAAGAAACCAUGGUCAUAUCAUCACUGUGGCAUCCAUAUGUGGUCAUGGAGUGAUUCCUUAUCUUAUUCCUUACUGUUCCAGUAAAUUUGCUGCUGUUGGGUUUCACAGAGCCCUAACAUCAGAACUUGCUGCCAUGGGAAAAAGUGGUAUCAAGACCUCUUGUCUCUGUCCUGUUUUUGUGAAUACUGGAUUUACCAAGAAUCCAAGCACAAGAUUAUGGCCUGUUUUGGAGACAGAUGAUGUUGUGAGGAAACUGAUGGAAGGCAUUCUAACUGACAAGAAAAUGAUUUUUGUUCCAUCAUAUUUAAAUCUCUGUUUGAUAUUGGAAAAAUUUCUUCCUGAGCGUGCAUUAGCAGCGAUAAACCGCGUACAAAACAUUCAGUUUGAAGCAGUGGUUAGCUACAAACACACAAAAAAUUAAGACACUGGAUUCAAGUAGCUGUAUGAUGCUUUCCAGCAAUAAAUCUUAGGAAGUUUUAUAAAAAUAGAAGAACAAUGAGUGAUUAUGCAUAUAGGAUUGAUAUCUUUAUCUUUAUUUUUGAGAUAAAAUCUAAGAUUUCAAAAUUUUAUUACAUUUCUAUUUCAUGCAAUCAUUUUUAUUCUACUUUUGUCCUUUCCAUACCACAAUGAACAAAAAUAUUUUUUCUGUUAAGUCUCACAGAAGAAUUGUGGAAUUAGAGUGGGAAGGGCUUUGAAGAUCACUUAGUCCAAUCCCCAUUUGAAAGAUGUAGAAACUUGAGUCUCGGGAAUAUUAAGUGCUUUGUCACACAGAUAGGAUCAUCAAAAGUAGGAUUUAAAUUCAGUUCCUAGAUAUCCAAGAUUCUUUCCGUUAGAUCAGCUGUCUCCCAGUGAGUUGUAUAAUAUAGACAAAAUGGCAAGUUCUCACCUCUGAUGGGCUGUAGUUUCCUCUAAAAGACUAAAUGGUCUCCCAGGUCACUUCCAGCUCUAAUUCUAUGAUUCCAUUAUUGAGUACUGGAAAUCUUAAAUGAAGUUUAAACAGGCAAGCAGAUCAUAAAAAGCACAACUCUUAAAUAAAUAAAUUUUGCAGUUAGGGGACAUUAUACUAAUAAAUUAAGGUUUUCUUUCUCAGGUGACAAUGUUAUUAUCUUCUCCCUCCCACAUGAUUUAGUUGAAAUCAGAAUACCUCACCUCACCCUCUCUGUGACAUUUUAAUAUCCAAGAUUUCUAUCUUACAACCAAUAUCAUCCUGCCUCUAUCACUCUCCUUCCCUUCUACUUCCAUAAAUCCCUUGAUUUCAGAAAAGAGGGGAGAGAAUCAAUUAUAAAAGCAUCAUUUAAUUUGGAAAUCUAACCCCAACUCUAUUUAGACAACCAAGAUUUCUCUCUAAUCCUACUCCCAGGAAUAUUUAGCCACAACAAAUAUUUGAGAAUGAAAGCUGACCAGAAAAAUGAAUCAGAAUUCUCAAGACUCUUACAACAUAUCUGGGAAGUUUUACCUUGAGGGAAUUAAAAAACAACAACAACAACAACAAUUUGUAGACCAAAGUACAAUAUAUGUUUUAAUGAAACUCUUAUUCCUAAUUACUUCCUUUCAAAACAGUUAUGUUUUUGUGAGCAAUUGGAGGUAUAGUGCUAGUCUGAAAUCUAGCUGAUUUUCCUGAGUUCAAAUCUGUGUGACCCAAAGCAAAUCACUGUUUUCCUCAGUUACUUCAUCUGUAAAAUGACCUGGAGAAAGAAAUGGAAAACCACUCCAGUAUCUUUGCCAAAAAAAAAAAAAAAAAACAAUAACAAAAAAACAAAAAAGAUCACAAAAAGUCAGACAAAAAGACUGAACAAUAAAUGUUUUUGUGCCAAGUAUCAAAUAUCUAUUACAUAACUUUAGAUUUAAAAAAAAUAUACCAUCUUUUAAUAAAUGUUGUUUUCGCUUGUAUUUUCCAAAAAUAUAUAUAUAGUAUCAACAAUAAAAGAAAAAUUUAUAUUCUA